AUGGUGUACAUCCGACAGAAGCACCUCCCAAACCUCAAGAACUACAAGUACGCGGGUGUUGACCACUCGCUCAUCAGUCGGUACAUCCUGAAGCCGUUUUACAACAAAUGUAUUACCCUCACCGGCUUCAUGUUCGUCGUGUUCAAUUUCAUCACGGUCAUGUGGUAUAACCCGAAUCUCGACACGGAUUGCCCGACGUGGGUUUAUGCCAGUUGCGCGCUAGGCUUGUUCCUAUACCAGACUUUUGAUGCUGUAGAUGGCAUGCAGGCACGGAGAACGAGACAGAGUGGACCUCUUGGAGAGCUGUUUGAUCACAGUGUCGACGCAUGCAACACCGGCCUCGGCGUACUGGUCUUUGCAUCAGUGAUGAACCUCGGCCAGGGCUGGAUGACUUUCAUUACCUUGUUCGGAUCAACCCUUACCUUCUAUGUUCAAACCUGGGAUGAAUACUACACCCAGAUCCUUACCCUAGGCGUGAUCUCCGGCCCAGUCGAAGGCCUCCUAACCAUCUGCACCGUGUUCGCAUUCACGGCCUACGUCGGCGGCGGCAGUUUCUGGCACCAAGCCAUGCUCCCAACCUUCGGCCUGUCCAAGCCAAGCUUCCUCUCAAACACUCUCUACGAAAUGCCCUUCACACAGUGGUAUCUCGUCUACGGCUCCUUCGUACUGAUCUUCGCAACUGGCUCCAGCAUCAUGCAUGUCAUGCAGGUCCGUCGCGAGCGCGGCCAGGACCCCUUCACCCCUCUGUAUGGACUGCUUCCCGUCGCUGUCAUCUGGACGCUUGUUCCUGCCUACUUGUAUCUCCAGCCGGCCAUUCUGGAGAACUAUACCAUUCCAUUUGGGCUGUUCGUUAGUCUGGUUUGUGCGUACUCUGUUGGGCGGAUGAUUGUUGGGCAUCUUGUCCAGUCUGGUUUCCCCUACCAGAAUGUUCUGCUCUACCCACUUGCACUGGGUGUGUUUGAUAGUGCUGGUGCGGCUGUAGGUUUGUGGGAGAACCCCGUACUUGGAUAUGGUGUCGGCCAGGUUGCGUUUGUCUUCGUUUGCUUGGGCCUCUCUAUUGGUAUUUAUGGAAGCUUUGUGUUCGACAUCAUCACCACGAUAUGUGAUCACCUCGACAUUUGGUGCCUGACCAUCAAGUACCCCUUCACCGAGGAGACAGAGCACAAGAACGGUGUCGCCAAGAAGACCAAGUAA